AGUCUCAGUAUUGUUUUACUUUACUGAGUAUUCACAAUGGAACAUUCUCGUAUAUUAAUAUUCUUAAAUGAAAUUUAAUUAUUGACCUCUUACACACCUAAACGUAUUUACAUGGUUUAUACAUGAAUAUUUACAUGAAAUGAAUUUCUCUUAACUUUUAAAUUUGCGCAUUCAUAAUCGAACGACAUUUACGAGUGAGUGUUCGAUCUUUAAACUGUUCAAACAUACAGAAGAAGACUAGUGCGUGAAGAUAAAUAUUUUUAAUACAGAUUAAUAGAAGUGGAAAUGAAAUUGUACUGCUAAUUUUGUCCAAAAUAUACAAUACAAUUCACACAUUGACGAUUUAUAAAAGAAGAAAUAUGUUAACAAAUAAAUGCGUUCAAGUUAUCGCAACUUCUACUUUCACGAAUUUAAGAUGGUUCGCUAUACAGGUCAGAAGUUCUAUAAGCACGGUGAAAGAUUUUCUAAAGAUGCCCGAUUGCGAGUACGUGCCUUCUACCUACAAGGGGGCGAAUUACGAAACCGUCGAAAGAGCGUACAAAUCAAUGGUAUCACCUUCCUUGAAGCAAUUUUACAAAGAACCAUUGUUGAUACACGAAGGCCGGGGACAAUGGCUGUGGGACCAUCGUGGAAAACGAUAUUUGGAUAUGUUUGGCGGGGUUGCUACCGUCUCUGUUGGCCACUCUCAUCCGAAAAUAGCAGCUGCUAUAUUUGAACAGACAUCGAAGUUGAACCACGUGUCGUCUGUUUACAUGCAUGCACGUUUACACGAAUACGUAACCAAAUUAAAAGCGAAAUUCCCGAGCAAAUUGAAAGUGGUGUAUCUGACAAACAGUGGAUCGGAAGCGAAUGAGCUGGCAUUUUUAAUGGCCAGGAUCUACACGCGCAACCAGCACAUCGUCUCACUGCAAAACGGGUACCAUGGCGCGACUUACGGAACUUCAGCCUCCACCGCGAUGAGUACAUGGAGGUAUCCAUUCAUCGCGCAACCGGCUGGUUACUUACGCGCGGUAUAUCCAGACGUGUACAGAGGCGAUUGGGGCGGAUCAAGGUGCAGAGAUUCGCCCGUGCAAGUGGCAGGAAGAAAAUGCAAUUGCGGCGUGGAGGAGUGCGUAGCCUCCGAGAAAUACUUCGAAAAGUUCGACGAGUCGUUUCGAUUCAACUUACCGUGCACGGGCGGCGUCGCGGCGUUUAUUGCCGAAAGUAUCCAGGGGAUAGGAGGUGCUGUCCAAUAUCCCAAAUACUUUCUCCAGAAGGUAUGCGACUACGUCCACGAGAAGGGUGGCCUGUACAUAGCUGAUGAAGUUCAGACUGGUUUCGGCAGGACAGGCGAACAUUUCUGGGGUUACGAGGGCCACGGCGUCGAGCCGGACAUAGUGACCCUAGCAAAGGGAAUAGCUAACGGAUUUCCUCUUGGAGUAGUGGUCACGAGCAGCGAGGUCGCUGAAAGUUUGAACUCGGCACUGCACUUCAACACCUUCGGAGGGAACCCACUUGCGUGCGUGGUGGGAUCAACCGUGCUAGAUAUUAUAGAGGAAGAAGACCUUCAGCAGAAUGCAUACGCCGUUGGGACUUACUUGAUCGAUCGUUUGAGCACUUUGUUGUUGGAAUUUCCCAACGUCGUCGGCGAUGUCAGAGGAAAAGGAUUGAUGAUCGGUGUUGAAUUGAUUUCGAACUCCGAAACGAGGACACCGUUGCAAGUUAAACACGUGCUGGAGAUUUUCGAAGACAUCAAAAACAUGGGAGUCCUCGUUGGUAAAGGUGGUUUGCAUGCAAAUGUGCUACGAAUAAAGCCACCUUUAUGUGUAACGAAAAUGGAUGCAGAUUUUACUUUUGCUGUUAUUAAGGAAGCGUUGGAGAAACACGAGGGAAAAUAUUUAAGCAAGCAAGUUUAAACGUAACAUGUGAAUACGAAUUCUUUUAUUUCAUACAAUUGUGUAUGUUACAUUUGUACAAUAUAGUUUUUUUUUAAUUCGCCUA